AUGUUCUUCUCACCUGUUGUUCUCGGCUUAGCCGCGACUACAUCUCUCGUGCUUUCCGUUCUGGCCCAGUCAACCUGCAACGGUCAGUCGGCCUACUGCGACCGGAUCUACUCGAAUGUAACGCAGGUUGGCGCCCACGACAGUCCCUUUGUAGGGCCCCUUCUUCAGCAGAACCAAAACAUCGACGUCACCGAGCAACUGGACCUUGGGAUUCGUUUUCUUCAAGGCCAGACGCACCAGUCGAUUGACAAUGAAACGAUCCUCCUUUGCCAUACUUCAUGUCUCCUUGAAUACGCCGGGAGCUUGGAGUCGUAUUUGACCACCGUCAAGACCUGGCUGGACGACAAUCCAGAUGAAGUCGUGACCUUGCUCCUGACAAAUGGUGAUAGUCUACCAGUGACUCAUUUCGCCGAGGCAUUCGAGAGCGCGGCCAUCGCCGACUAUGCAUUUGUGCCGAAGUCAUCGCCAAGCACUCUAGCCAUCAACGCCUGGCCAACUCUGCGAGAGCUGAUCGGUAAUGGCACGCGAUUGAUAACUUUUUUAGAUUAUGGUGCCAAUGCCACAGCGGUUCCUUAUAUCCUCGAUGAAUUCGCUUACUUUUUCGAAACGCCAUAUGAUGUGACCGAUGCCUCGUUUCCCAUCUGUAGCAUUGAUCGGCCGUCGGGGGCUUCAGCGACCGGUCGGAUGUACAUUGUUAAUCACUUUUUGGAUAUCGAUAUCCUGGGCAUCUUGAUCCCAGAUCGGGAGCAUGCAGCCGAGACCAACGCAGUGUCAGGCGAGGGCAGUAUUGGAGCUCAAGCCGAUCUAUGCCUUUCCAUUUAUGGUCAGCUACCAAACGUUAUUUUGCUGGAUUUUGUCGACCAGGGUCAGCCGAUUGCCGCGCAAAGUCUGCUCAAUGGGGUGUGA